CAGGAUUCCGUUGCCAGUCACUGUGCUCUGAGAACGAGUUCUACUGCAAAGCCACUGCAACGAACAGGUCUCUGGAAGUGUUUUUUUUUUCUCCUCUGUGUGCUGAAAGGAAAACGGUUAACCUCUUCUCCUUCCUCUCUCACCAGGUGUGAAUAGGAAGUUGUCCCUUGUUAUUGUGUCUUUCUUUGGUCAUCUCUGUCCUGUCCCGUACUGUACUUCUGACGAUAGAGAACGUGUCUGCACAGACCUUGACUCACCACCGGGAGUCCCACGCCGCCUUACCAGCCAUAAGGAAAGACCUCCCUGGCCACCACUGACCCCCAUCAUGGCAGACAGUCGCCAACCUGAGGACAGCCACCCCCAUUGGGACACGUCAGGGGCACAGGACCCCUCUUCCCCCCCAGCCCACGGGGCUAACGGCUACCCCCCCUCAUACAGGGCGUGCCAGCCAGGGACGGCCCAUGGAGCAGCACCCCCCUCCUACACCUCCAGAGAGAACUGCUUCAAUGGAGACCAUGCAGUUACGGCUGAGCAAGUUUCUGCACGAAUCGUGCAAGAGGUGACAGCAGAAGCAGUGGCAGUACUGAAGGGAGAACAGGAGACAAGACUGCAGUCAGUUGAAGACACGGCAAACCUGCCCCCCUCUCCUCCUCCCUCACCUGCUGCUGAGCACUGCUUCAGACCCCGGGAGCAAGAUGUAGGGGAUGAGGAGAAGGAGGCCUGCCCUCUCCGCCGCUUCCAAAAUUCUCGGGAGAGGUGCAAGUUCCUCGCCCCCUCCAUCUCUGUGUCUGUGCCCGAGGAUGACCCCUACCACUCUGACGAGGAAUACUAUGAUCACCCCUUGUUCAGCCCUGAGUGGGAUCGCUCGGUCUCCUCUCGGCCCACAGUGCUGGCCGCUGCCUUUAGACAGAUCCAAGAGACUGUCGAGGCUCUUACAGAUAACUUCAAAGAGGAGGAGGAGGAGGAGGAGGAGGAGGAAGAAGUGUUGAUGUUGGAGGAGGAUGAGGAGAUGGAAGGGGCAGCAGCAGAAAUCGUGGCUGCUCUUGAGGAGCUGUGGAGUGGGGAUGAGCCUGAGCCAGACGGCCCCCCAACCAAGCCCUUAGAACAGGCUGCGGCUGUAGGCGAGGCCCAGGCUGGGCCCCCUGUGCAGGCAGUGGCAUUUAGUGCUGCUCUUGAUGGCCCUAACGGGAGGGAGGAGGAGGUUGAGGAGGAGGUGGCAGUGCCUGAGGGGAAGGAGGAGAGCCUUGAUGAAGACUUAAAGAUGGAGAAACCAGGCAGUGAGAGUGGAUGCCUCAGCCCAGACUUCACUGAACCAGAGUGUCCAGCUUUCUCCAGCGGGGACCACACAGCACCCCCCCUGUACCCCAAAACAGAAAUGGCUUCUCCGUCCCCUUCCCUUUCUAACAGCCAGAGCCAAGCCAAAGAGCCUACCAAAAUGUCUAUACCAGAUGAACCUAAAACAGUCUCAGAGAAUCAGCCGUCAGUGGAAGUUCUUGAGUCCAGUAACCUCACAACGGGUGCAGUGUCUGGGUUCACUAGAGCUGGAGACAAAGAUCAAGGUCAAGGUGUCUCCUCUGACUCUAACAAAGACAAAUCUGGCAUGUCGUCUUAUUUCGAGACUUUGGCCCUGAAGGCAGAUGAGGGAUCCAAGGAGGCUCAAGCAGCAGAAGGUUAUUAUGAACUGAGCACCGCAGGUCAAGAGAAGAGCUUAGGGAGAAGCUCCCCAACAGUUACGUCACCCCCUGAGAUCAACUACAGCAUGUUGGCACAAACACAGUCAGUGGAGAAGAAGCCAGACACCAAGACGAGUCUGAUGGGAGAUCAAAAGGAUACCUUACCGGCCCUGGACAGGAGCAACGAAUGUAGGCUUUCCCCCGGGAAGUUGGCCCUGGAUCAGAGAAGCUACUCUCUCAACAUUACGAUUGGAUCGAUGGAUCCCAGUGGCCAGGGCCUACCUAGGAACUUCUCCCCACUCGCCACGGACAUCAUGUCUUUUACCAGUGGCAGUCUGGAUGAGUCUGUCAACUAUCUCCCAGUUACCACCCUGUCUGCAGAGAAGGUGCCCCCGCCUUUCCCUCCCCUGAUCCUGGAGACGGCCGCCUCAGUCACGUCCGACUCCUCGUCUCCUCCCUACAACACAGGAGAGAUCCCCGGCGAAAAGACCAGCCCCCAGGGGUCAGAGUCGCCAGAGUCUCCCUUUCCACCCAAAUACUACUACAAAAAUGGGACAGUCAUGGCUCCUGACCUACCUGAGAUGCUGGACCUUGCAGGCACCAGGUCUAGAUUAGCUUCUGAGAACAAUGACCCAGAGAUCAUGAGGAGGAAGUCUGUCCCUGCAGACGCCCAAGGCAUUGGGAGUGACUCCCUGGCCAACCUGGUCCUGGGGGACCAGAAUCAGAGCCAGAGUCUUGCCAAGAGUGAGAGCCAGCUGGAAGAGUUGGGUUACUGUGUGUUCAGUGAGUACUCAGGGCCCAUGCCUUCCCCUGCUGACCUCCAUAGUCCCAUUGACUCCCCGCCCCAGCGCUUCACCCCUAUGGCUCUGGAGGAAAAGAUGGCAGAGGAAAAACUGAAGAUCGAAGCUAGAGACAAACUAGCCGAAGACGAGAAGUCAAAUCAGUUAACUGUGUGUGACGGUUCCAAAGAAAAGGAAGAAGCAAAACAAGUGGGACGGAAAGAUUCCGCUUCAGAGGAAAAAGACAACAAAGAGAUCAGCCAUGAAAAAUCUGCCAUGGAGGACCAAAAUGACAAACCGGCUUCUGCUCUGAAGUCAGCAGAGUCCUUUGUGACUCCUACGGUAAUGGUCACACUGGAUGAGGAGGGAAAGGCAGAGAACGAGGGACCAGAGACAGAUGCUGAGAUGGCUGCCUACGAGAGGCAGAUCCGCCGGCUGGAGAUGGAGGACAGGCCCCUGAGCAUGGAGGAGGAGCGAGAGCUGCAGGAGUUAAGGGAGAAGGUGAAAGACAAGUUCUUGGUGCACCAGGAGGCAUACGAGGAGGUGGAUGCCGAAGAUGUCUACCAACUGACUGGGGUUGCCAAGAACCGGAUCAGCAGGCCCGCCAGGCCCUCCCCGGCCUCCUCCGUGGAGAGCACCACAGAAGAAGAGAAGGUUCCAGUUAUGGACACCGAGAAACCUAAACAGACGGGAGGUCAGACAACGCCUCCGAAGGUUGACUUCAUGGCGACAUCUCCGUCUGUGUCAGGUGGUGGUGUGAGCACCACAGAAGAAGAGAAGGUUCCAGUUAUGGACACCGAGAAACCUAAACAGACGGGAGGUCAGACAACGCCUCCGAAGGUUGACUUCAUGGCGACAUCUCCGUCUGUGUUGUCAGGUGGUGGUGUGAGCACCACAGAAGAAGAGAAGGGGAAAGUUAGCGAAGAGCAGCUGAAGAAGGAGCAGGUUGUAGAGGUCAAAGAAAAUAACAUAGAAGAAAAGAAAAAGGAAGAUGGGGAGGAGGAUAAUAUAGAGCAGGUGGUGGAACAGGAGGAAAUCAUGAUAGAGAUAAAACCAACAAAUCCUGGAGAGAAAGAAGAGAAGUUUGAGAAGGAUAUAAUGAAAGACAAGGAGGAAGAAGAAGAGGAAGAUGGUGAAGUUCUGGCAGGGGCAGGAGCAGCGGUGGAUGACGUUCCAGAGCCCAGAGCUGCCAUAGAGUCAGUGGUGACUGUAGAAGAUGACUUUAUCACUGUAGUCCAGACCAUCGACGAGGGCGAGGAGCCAGGACACAGCGUGCGUUUCUCUGCUCCACCUGAGCCUGAGACACCACAGGCUCUCCACGAGCAGGAGGAAGAGGAGGAGGAGGAGGAGUCCCAGGAGGUGGAGAUCAUGGAGGCAGCAAGUCUGGAGGAGGUGGGGGAUGUCUCAGACGAGGUCUGUGAGAAGGAGUUGCAGGCCUCCCCAGAGAAGGAGGUGCAGACAGAGACCGAGGGACAGACAGAGAGCUACGACAGAGACGAGACUACCAUGGACGACUCAAUCCUAGACAGCUCUUGGGUCGACACUCAAGACCUCUGCACUGUAGAUAUGGAUGAUGACAAGAGCAUGGCUACAGAGCAGAUCGAGCCCCUGAGAGCCGACCGGGUCCCAGCCCCACCAGUCAAGAUGGAGAAGACUCCCCAACAGCAGAAGCAGGAGAAGCAGCCAGUAAAUCACAAGGCUAAAGGGGGGCGGGUGAAAGCGCGCGAGGGGCACGUCUCCACACCAGAACGUAAACCCAUUCACAAGCAGCCGGUCUAUAUCCCCAGGGAGGACGUCAAGAAGAAAAAAGCCGUGAUUAAGAAGACUGAGCUGACCAAGAAAGCUGAGAUGCGCUCCUCUCCAUCUCGGAAGAGUGUGUUAAAGUCUACUGCGGUCCGACACUCGCGUCCUGCCCAGGCCCACCCCUGUGCUAGGAGGAAACCUACAGUGGGUGUACCAGAGGGUCGUCGGCCCCUCAGUGUUGCUAGACAGUCUCGGGAUAGAGCCUCAGUGGAGCUUCAUAGGCCCCGUCCCUCCUCGGUCGGGCCUCGUGACUCCCCAACACUACACAGACUGAUAGACGUGGAUGGUGGUUCUCAGAGCCCAAAGAGGUCAUCCCUGCCGCGGCCUGCCUCGAUCCUGAGCCGGCGUACCCACCACCACCCACACGACCAGGAGGAGAGCUCCACCUCAAUCACCAGCUCCGGCUCCACCGCACCCCGCAGACCUACGUCGUUCCGUACAGAGGUCAGGGCGGAGCAUAGAACAGGACGUGCCCCUAGUUGGACAGGCACACAGUCGAUGCGUUCCCGCUCGCUGUGCAGCGGUCCCACCACACCCCGCACCCCAGGGUCCACAGCCAUCACCCCUGGAACCCCUCCCAGCUACAGCUACUCCUGCCGCACACCCGGAACCCCUCGCACCCCCGGCACACCACGUUCACUCAGCCUGCUGCAGGAGAAGAAGGUGGCUCUGCUCCGCACCCCUCCCAAGUCCCCCGCCACCACCCCCAAACAGCUUCGCGUCCUCAACCAGCCCCUGCCAGACCUCAAGAAUGUCAAGUCUAAGAUCGGCUCCACAGACAACAUCAAUUACCAGCCCAAGGGGGGCCAGGUGCAGAUCCAGACCAAGAAGAUUGACCUGAGUCAUGUGACCUCCAAGUGUGGAUCCCUGGACAACAUUCGCCACCGGCCAGGGGGAGGUAACGUGCGCAUAGAAAAUGUGAAGCUGGACUUCAAAGACAAGGCCCAGCCCAAGGUGGGUUCCCUGGAUAAUGCACACCACACCCCUGGUGGAGGCCUCAUUAUGAUCGAGAGCCACAAGCUGUUGUUCCGUGACACGGCCAAGGCCCGGGUGGACCACGGGGCGGAGAUCAUCAUGACCCAGUCACCGGGAACGGGCGUGUCAGGGACGCUGUCCCCCCACCGCCACAGCCACCUGUCGUCCUCCGACAGCAUCAACUUGCUGGAGCCUCCACAGCUAGCCACUCUGGCUGACGAUGUCACCGCUGCCCUGACCAUGCAGGGUUUGUGAGAGCCUUGACAACCUCUACCUGGAUCCUUUGACCC